GCCAAGUAGCGGUGAGGCCAGUUGAGGACAAUGCACCGGCAGAUAGUGUCAUCGACUCCAAUUUCGCGGGGAUCACCAAGGUGGAUCCGCGGGUUCUAUCUCCUUGCAUUAAUCGCUCUUCAAAGUGUUUCUUCAGCUGUGAUAAAAUCGCCUUCCGAUGCACCCUCGGACGGGGUCGUAUUGCGAACUGUAGGAAUACCGGAAGAACGCGUUACCUAUGAGGGUUCACAAGUCUGGAGGGUUUCCGCUACCGAGGAGCAGUUUGAAUACUUAUCGUAUCUUCAAGACACAGGAGAUCUGACGAGAUGGGCAGGAAAUGCUACUGCAGUCGACGUUAUGGUACGUCCUGAUGAUAUCCCGCGGGUAACGCGGUUCCUGAGAGAGCGAAGCGUCAAUUACGAUGUUAUUAUUCCGGAUCUGCAACAAGCGAUAGAUAAGGAAAACCCACUUCCAUCCUUAGAAUCAAUGGAGGAACUCGAAGGCCGGAAAGGCCACCGAAUGGAGUGGUCCAGCUAUCAUCGGCUGGACGACAUCACAGGGUACCUUGAUUAUUUAGCUCAGACCUUUCCUGAUCUGUGCUCCGUUAUGACUAUAGGAAACUCGGUUGAAGGUCGACCACUCAAGGUGCUAAGAAUCAGCAAUGGAAAUGCUAAAGCACCCGCACUCUGGAUUGAUGGAGGAAUCCAUGCCAGAGAAUGGAUAUCGCCAGCAGCAGUGACUUACAUCAUCAAUUACCUGGUAGAAAACAGUGAGGAGCUGGAGGAAGAUUACUACAUUCUGCCAGUGGUGAAUCCUGACGGUUACGAGUAUACCUUCAGAGGUGAUCGUUUGUGGCGCAAGAAUAGAGCAAAUCCAGAAAAAGGCGGUGUUUGCAUUGGUGCCGAUCUAAACAGGAACUUUGGUUAUCGAUGGGGUGGUCAGGGAGCCAGUAAACAACCUUGUCGAGAAAUAUUUGCUGGCACUGGACCAUUUUCUGAACCGGAAACAAAGGCUAUUGAGUCUUUCUUUGCUACAAGUGCAGCCAAUUUCAAGGCAUAUUUAACCUUCCAUAGUUAUGGCCAAUACAUCUUAUAUCCUUGGGGCUACGACAAACGUGUACCGCCAGAUUAUGCUGAUUUGGAACGAGUUGGAAAGCAGGCAGCGGCAGCUAUGAAAUCAGCAGGUGGUGCUGGCAGCGUUUAUACAGUUGGAAACAGUGCUUCCCUUUUAUAUCCUGCAUCCGGUGGAGCGGAUGAUUGGGCAAAAGCUAUUCACAAGAUUACAUAUUCAUACACAAUUGAGCUCAGGGACCAGGGAAGGCAUGGAUUUAUUCUGCCAGCUCAGUAUAUAAUUCCAACUGCUAAGGAAGCAUUGGCGGGUGUUCAAGUGAUUGCAAAAGCUGCCAAGCUAGAUCCAUAGUUGCUUUAAUUAAUUUAAACAGCAUAUCAUUUUUCAUCAUAUUGCUAUCUUUGUUUUUUAAUUACAUGAUUCUCCAGCUACACAUUCAUCUUUAUAAUAAUUACCAACCGAUCAAGAUUGCAAUUAACAUAAAUUACUGUUUAAUUUCCAUGCUGACACAGCUAUGGUUGUCUGUUUAUCGAUUAUUUAUUACAGUAUUUUCCAGCUAGUAGCAAUUCGUUUUUUUGCACGUAUUUCAAUUUUUGAAACUUUUUUGACUUCUGAUAAAAUGCUGCAAAAUAUUAUGUACACGUGACGAUGUAUUCGAACAUCAUUUAUAUUAUCAGCUUACGUAUGCUCAAGUACAGUUAUGAUCAGUUAUGAUUAUGCCUACUUACUAUUUAUCGUUAAUUCACAAUGAAAAAGGCUCUAAAUUCUGAGUAAAAAUAUUUGGAAUAUGUAUUACGGCCUUCAGUUUUUGAGCCGUUCUGUAGGAAUGUUGUUGACUUAUUGUUAGCAGGACAUCAACUAAUUGGCGCCAUUUAUCAUCGCUAAAAACAUAAAUAUAUUAUAUCAAUUAUUCAAAAACUCAGAAUAAUAUGACUAUGGUUA